AUGAGGUGCACACUUCAACUUUCCGUUUUCGCUUGCCUCCUCUACACAGCUUCAUCUUUCACACGGUUUAAAAGGGGUAGCUACGGUGCGCCGUAUGUACCGCCACCAGCACCAUACGUAGCACCCGCACCAAAGCCGUAUGUACCGCCACCAGCACCAUAUGUACCGCCACCAGCACCGAAGCCGUAUGUACCUCCACCAGCACCAUAUGUAGCACCGAAGCCGUAUGUACCACCACCGGCACCAUAUACACCACCAAGGCCAUAUGUACCGCCACCAACGUAUGGAACACCGUGUUCGUCGUACGGAUGCGGAGGAGGACCUUUUGGUUCAUUUUCUGAAACUGGCGGCGGCAUGAGCAGUUCUGCUGGUAGAGCAGGUCCCCCAGGACUUGGAGGUUCGAUGGGAGGCAUGGGAGGUAGAGGAAGUAUGGGAGGUAUGGGAAGCAUGGGUGGCAUGGGAAGCAGUGGCAUGGGAGGUAUGGGUAGCAUGGGAAGCAGUUCUAUGGGAGGUAUGGGAAGCAUGGGAGGUAUGGGAAGCAGUUCCAUGGGAGGUAUGGGAGGUAUGGGAGGCAUGGGAAGUGGCUUCGCAUCCGUACCAAGUAGUGGAGGUGCUCCAGCUGUUCUUGCAGCGGAACCAGCACAAGAAAAGAUCGAAGCUGCGAAGGAAAAGGAAAAGGAAGAAGAGGAGAUACUGUAA